AUGGAGGAGGAGAAGAAGACGACUCUCAAUAUGAUUUCUAGUUUUUUCAAGCGCGGUAACAAGAAACAAGAGGCAUGUGUAGAUACUACUAGUGGUGUUAGUGCAGAUACCACGAGUAGUAUCGCAUGUGCAGAUGAUACUACUGGUAGUAUCGCGUGUGCAGAUGAUACUACUGGUAGUAUCGCGACACUGAAAUAUGAAGAAGAAGAAGAAGACGAAUGGAUCUUGCUCCUUGUUGAAAGGAGAGCGAAUGUUCAACAAAUAUCAAUUUUCUUGAUUGUGCUUGGUAUCGUGUUGAUUUGUUUCAACUAUUCUGAUGUGGUGUUUACAAUAUUUGGCAAGGAAAGUGGUUACAUUGUCUGCAGAACCCUUAACUUGGGGGCUGCAUUUGUUAUUACUGUUUCUGGUUUAAUUGUUUGGGAUAAUACUAGGGAGAAUUAA